CCGCGGGCGCCUGAGAGGCGGGUGCGCUGCCGGGCUGCUGCUGCGACUGCUGCUGCUGCUGCUGCUGCGGAGGCUUCGCGGGCUGUGCCGCUGUGCCCUCCAAGACCGCGCGUCGCCUGCCAGCCGCUCUGCGAGCCGGGGCGCCAGUGGGGGACCGCAGUUCACGAGAGCAGUGAUUCCCAGGCUUCCUCAAUGAUGUUCCCCAUUUUCUGACACUCUUACCACUGAGGUCGAAUUUUCCUUUUUACAAGAAGAAAAUAUUGGUGAAGGAUUAUCCAACCACAAAAGGACUUGUGUCUGUUACGACAGACAAGAAGAAGGGAGGCAGAUUCCAGCCUUUUAAGAAGUUGUUUGGCAAAAGGAAAAAGAAAGACACUUCAUUGUCCCGGGAGGAGUCGGUGGGGAAGAAGAGUUCCUCUUCCCAGAGUGUUAGCAAUGAGACCUUCUCUUCAGAUGAGGAGACCCUGGAGGACAAUCUAAGGUCCUUCAACUAUUCUAUGGGAACCCGGGCGCUUUCCCAUGACAGUAUUUUUAUCCCUGAUGGGGGAGCAGAAAGUGAGCAGACAGUUCAAGCAAUGUCACAGGACAACAUCCUGGGCAAAGUCAAAACUCUUCAGCGACAAUUGGGCAAGAAUAUCAAGUUUGGGCAGCGGCCACCCAAUGCCAUUCCCAUGAAGAAGGCAGGCAGUGGAGAGGCCAGCUCAGAAGAGGACCUGUUCCUGGCCAGUCCCAUGGAAAUUGUCACUCAGCAGGACAUCAUCCUCUCAGACGCUGAGAACAAAUCCAGUGAUACGCCAAGUUCUCCGAGUCCUCUGAAUCUCCCUGGAGCUGGAAGUGAGAUGGAAGAGAAGGUUGCUCCAGUUAAACCGUCUCGGCCAAAAAGACACUUCUCUUCUGCUGGCACCAUUGAAAGUGUCAACCUCGAUGCCAUCCCCCUGGCCAUCGCUCGCCUGGACAACAGUGCUGCCAAGCACAAACUGUCUGUUAAGCCAAAAAACCAGAGGGUGUCAAAGAAGCACAGGCGGCUUGCCCGGGAUCGACAAAAUGAACCAGGUGGCCUUGAUAGGCAGCCUUCCCUGGACCAAAAUGGACACCCAGGAGAAGACAAGCACAUGUGGCUUGAAGAGGAACCGGAGCUGUUGGAUUCUGAGGAAGAGAAGAGACACCAAGAAGACUACUGGCGAGAACUAGAGGCCAAGUGCAAGAGGCAAAAGGCAGAAGCAGCAGAGAAGAGACGCCUGGAAGAGCAGAGGCAGCAGGCCCUGGAGAGGAGGCUGUGGGAAGAGAACAGAAGGCAGGAGCUCUUGGAGGAGGAGGGCGAUGAAGUGGGGGGCGAAGAGGAGGAACUCCAGCUAGAAAUGGAAAAGGAAAGGGGGCCUGGGGAAGGGCUGCAGCGGGGCCCAGAAGAGCAAGGUUGCCGAGAACAAGAGCAGAGGGAGCCGGAGGACAGAGAGCGCCUGGAGGCUAAGGAACGGAGUCCCCUGCAGGAAGAGGCCCAGCGGCUGGAAGAGCUGAGGCAGCGCGUGGCCGAGAGGCAGCGGCAGGAAGAAGAAAAGGAGUUGAAGGAACUCCGAAGGCUGGAGGCGCAACGGCAGGAGGAGGAGGCCAGAAGGCUGGAGGAGCAGAGGCAGCGGGAGGAGCUGGAGGCUCAGAGAAGGCGGGAGCAGGAGGAAAGGAAACGACUGGAGGAGCUCAGACAGCAGCAAGAGGAAGAGAAGCGAAGACAAGAGCUGAUACAGCAGGAGGAAAUGGAGGCUCCUGGGCCGCAGGAGGCCCCGAAGGAGCUUGGGGAUACGCUACAGAGGCCACAGAGUCCGGAGGAAGAGAGGCAGCCACAGGUAGAGGCCCGCAGAGGCCCGAGGAGCGCCCUGCAGAAUGGCUUUGAGGAGAAGCCAGAAGAUGGAGAAGACCUAGAACUCAGAAGGCAACGAGAAAGCUCCGAGCAGGAGCAGAAGCAAGACGCGGGGCAGGCAACAGAGCAGCCUGGGAAGAGGGGCGACUUUCGCGAGGAUGAUCGUCGCGUCGUGGAGGACCGGAGAGAAUCAGCCAAAAUGGACCCUCCCCAGCAGCAAGAGGAGCAGAAGGAAGAAACGCUGCCCCUGGGGGAGAAGAACGAAGCCUCCACUCCAGAAAAGGAGAGAAAGGUGGAGGAGCUCAGGUGGCGGGAGGUGGAUGAGAGGCAGACCAUGCCCAGGCCCUACACGUUCCAGGUGUCCUCCGGAGGGAGACAGAUUCUCUUCCCCAAGGUCAAUCUGACCCCCGUGACCCCCGCCAAGGACGCGGGACCCAGCCCGGCUGCGCAGGAACCCAAGGCCCCCAGAGCCAGCGCAGCCUCGCACGCCCUGCCCUCCACCCUGAGCAUCCCCCAUACCGCCAUCCUGGUCACUGGAGCUCAGCUCUGCGGCCCCGCCGUCAACCUGAACCAGAUCAAGGACACGGCGUGCAAGUCCCUUCUGGGCCUGUCGGAAGAGAAGAGGCACGUGGACGUCCCUACUGUGGAACAGCCCGUCCGCGCCCCGGGCGAGUCCCGGGGAGGCGGCGGGAAAGCCAGGCCUCCGCAGGAGUCGCAAAGCAGUGUGACCGCGCUGGCCGAGUGGGCCUCCAUUCGGUCCAGGAUCCUGAAGAACGCUGAGAGCGAGCCGCGCGGCGACAGAGAGCAGGCAAGGCCAGCGGAGGAGCCCACUCCCAGGGCCCGAUCUGACUCCCGCGGGAACCUCCGCAAGACCCCGCCCGUGAACGCCAAGUUCUCCAUAAUGCCCGCCUGGCAGAAAUUCGCAGACGGUGGCACCGAGACCCCCAAACAGAAUACGGAGGCAGAGAGCAUUAGAAAAAGACCCGGGCCCGGCGAAGAGACAGCGCCCCCGCCCUCGCCUGUUAGUACCCAGGAGCCCCGGAAGGGUCCAGAGAAGCCAGAGAUGCGCCACGAGCCAGCAGACACCACAGAGGGGUGCAAAUUUGCCAAAGACCUUCCAUCUUUCCUUGUUCCAAGCCUGCCUUCCCCUCCGCAGAAAGCGGUCCACACGGAAUGCACAAGCACUGCGCACAGCGAGGCCACAAGUGGUGUAGCAAAGCCAGACCCCGGGAUGCCAGGUGCAGAGGAAAAAGCCUCACCUUUUGGAAUAAAGCUGAGAAGGACCAACUACUCCUUGCGCUUCCAUUGCGACCAACAAGCGGAACAAAAGAAGAAGAAGAGGCACAGCAGCACAAGUGACAGUGGCGAUGGGGGGCCUCCUGCCGGGGCCAGCGCCAAUGCAGACGAAGAGACAGAGGGCAUGGCCCCCAAGCCUGGCCCAUCCCUCCCCCAGGAAAGGAAGCAAGUCCUAACCCCUGGAAGGGACUCUGCUGAAAUCCCUGCCAGCCACCCUCCUCCUGCAGCCCAUCCGGGACCCCCACCGUCCAGCAGCCAGGCCCCAGCUCCAGAGCACGACAAGGGAGCAAACAAGAUGCCAUUAGGGCAGAAACCAGCACUGGCUCCCAAGCCUGCCAGCCAGACCCCGCCGCCAUCCCCGCUCUCCAAACUAAGCAGGCCCUACCUGGUAGAGCUGCUGGCUCGCAGAGCUGGGAAGCCAGACUCUGAGCCCAGCGAGCUGUCCAGAGAGGGCCAGGAGAGCAGUGGUACCCAGCCACCAUCACCACCCCCCCCAGAGGAAAGGAAGGGACAGAAGAGGGAAGAGGAUGAAGAAGAGGUGCUGGAGAAGAAACCUUCUUCCCCACCUCUGUCUACCACUCUGCUAGAGAGACCUUCCCAAACGCCUGAGGCAGGGAGGAAAGAGAAGCCGGUGCUUCAGAGUAGGCACUCUUUAGAUGGCUCCAAAAUUACAGAAAAGGUUGAAACUGCCCAGCCACUGUGGAUAACGUUAGCACUACAAAAGCAAAAGGGGUUUCGUGAGCAGCAAGCAACCCGAGAGGAGAGAAAGCAAGCCCGAGAAGCCAAACAGGCAGAAAAGCUCUCCAAAGAAAACGUCAGUGUGAGCCCGCAGCCUGGAAGUGGCAGUGUCAGCAGAGCAGGUUCCCUGCACAAAUCCACAGCUCAGCCAGAAGAGAAGAAGCCUGAGACUGCAGUGUCCAGGCUCGAGCGCAGAGAACAACUGAAAAAGGCCAACACUCUCCCUACAUCUGUGACAGUGGAGAUCUCAGACUCAGCUCCCCCAGCACCACUGGUGAAAGAAGUCACCAAGAGAUUCUCCACCCCAGAUGCUGCCCCUGUGUCCACGGAGCCAGCCUGGCUGGCUUUGGCCAAAAGAAAAGCGAAGGCCUGGAGCGACUGUCCACAGAUUAUUAAGUAAAAAGUGACUCUUACCCAUUCCUAUUGCCUGUUAUUGGCUCCUCUCUUGCCCUUUUUAUUUAUUUAUUUUUUAUAUGAGGUAAAGAAACCAAGUUAGGGAAAAGAAGCAUGUUUUAUAGGUUCUAUAAUAAUGUUUAGAAACUGAACUGGUGGUGUUCAUUGUAAAGAGUGGAUUUGCACAACCCUAGGUCCUGGUGCCUUGAGCUCCCCCUAAUUCUCAAGAGUCAAUUCCGUCCAAGGGACCACAUGAAGCAAAAUGUCCAAACUAAUAGCUCCUCUUGAAAGCCUACCGUGCUCAUCCCAUGGUCCUUCCACAUGUGUACACCCACACACCAUUCAGGACAUGUACUUUUGCCAACCUUUGUAAUGUUUUUUUGAUUCUCUACCCUUAAUUUCUUCUAUCCAAAACAUGAGUGUUACCAUAUAUUUGGGUGCAUCUACUCUUUCUACAACAAUGAUAAAAGGAUUUUAUGUAAGUUAGAACAAGAAUGCCUAUCCUCCUGAAGGCAGUAACUGGGAAUCACAAGGAGCAGUCUGCCUCCCAAUUCUGUGCCCAUGUCCAGUUUUCAUGAAUUCCCCUGCCCCAAAGCUAUCAGAUGGAAGGCAAAUCCAUUCACUCUUCUAGCACACUGUGGACCCACAAUACCAUCAACACAGUGUGAGUCUCUGUCAUACUAGUACCCUCAAGGACAUGUGAAACAUGCGGCCCAGUUGGCUCCUAGGGAACAUUUUUUAUUUAAUGUGGCAAAGAAAGGAGAUCCUAUAUUAAUUACAAGUUCUUGUUCUAGCUCUGAGACUCUCUACCUAGAGCAUGUGGGUCAUAAGGUAUCCAGGCUACAUCCCAGGCUUACUGAAUCAAUCCUGUGAGACCAGGGCCAGGAAUGCACAUGCUGGCAAGAAUUCUUGAGGUGAUGCUAAUGUAUCUAAUGUUAUGAACCUUGGGAUUCACUUAUUCUAAUGUAGUCUCAUUUUCUAGACUCUGAAGGGGCAGCUCAUUCAAACAAAAGUGAGAUAAUAAUAAUAAACAGCUACCUAAACCAGCCAUUAAUUAGAAAGAUACGUCAGGCUAUUGACAUUACAUGUCUCUGAAGAUUCCCUUUGGUCUUUAGGGAAAAUUUGCAGAAAGCCAAGAUUUGAAGCCUUUGUACUAAGGAUUUCCUGCAGGAAUUUUUUUUUUCUUUGCUAUAAUUGAACAAUUCAUACUUAGAGUCAAAUGUUCAGUAGCAUUUAAAAUUCAGAGUAUUCACCUUGCUACCUUUAAAAAACAUCUCAGAGUUUUAAGUGGCCUUGUUAUUAUCAUACACAUGUGCAUACUAAAAAAGGAUUUUGCAAUUUCAAAGCCACACAUAUUUAUUUUUAUUUCCCUAAAUUUGCUUUACACAGAACACAAACAUACCAGCAAAUCCUUUCCCACCACAUACUGUGGCACUAACUUUAUAUUUCAUGGUAUUGGCAUAUUCCCCUUUUCAUAGAUUCUUACUCCAAAAUGUAGGUACAAAUUCUUGGCCCAGUGCAGGGGGAAUUACAUCCAUUUUCCUCUCCUACAAAAACAUUUUAUAGUAUUCAUUAUUACUUUUCUAGUAUACAUUAUUACUUUUACUCAAUAUGCAAUGUGCUGUCCUUAAAGAAAGAAUGACAGCAAAGUUAUUCACCAUAUUGAAAGCACUUUCUUUCUAGAAACAAUGGCUCAGCUUCACUGUAGCAGCUGGCAUGUGUGGCCAAAUGGAUAGUUGUUCUCUUACAAAUUGGAUUUAAUAUUAUAUAUACUGGACCUUCAAACUGUUAAGAAUCAAUGUAACAUUUUUUUAUUGCUACUGGAAGAAAUUAAUAUCCCACUGCACGUUUUCCAUGCUGAUGCGCAUUUCUAAGUCUUAUGUGUAGGCAUUUGUUAGUACAAUGACUUCCUCACUGAUAAAACACUUUUUAAUGGGAAUCGCCACCUAGAACACUGGAAUUAUAGUGCUAAGGUAAUUCUUCUGAAUUGACUUUUCCUUUCAUCUUAUCAGCUUUGGACAAUAUCACAGUAAUGGCAGGGAACAGAUGAGGAAAUAAGAUCAUUAACAAAGAAUGGAAGAUUAGUCAAGUCUGUACUGGCUCAGGUCUCAUACCAAGUAGGAGAAAUGCCUGAGUUAAAAAUGCUCCAUCUAUGUUUUUUUAAGAGUCUAUGGGGUAAAGGCAGUCACCAUAUUUAUUUCUAACAACUUCUAAAAGGUACAUGUUUAACAUUUCAUUUACACAUCACCCCAAAUUUGCACUAAAUACCAAUGAAGUGUUAUUUUGAUUUAGUUGUGUUGUAGUCUUUUCUGAGCAACAAAACUAUAGGAAAAUUCUGUAAAACCAUAUAAAGAGCUUAAGAGUUUUUUUUUUUUUUUUUUAAAUGGAUGAUUGUUAAAUACAUGAGGUUUUUGUUUUGUUUUAUUUUGAAUUUAAAUACACUUCUGGCAAAAUUAUAAAUGAUUAACCUCUGGUUCAUAGACUUAUAUGUAAAACUAGAGUUUUUUGUUUACUUUUUUAAUUUUUCAAGUGCAAUUGUUUCUUACAAAUAUUAUUACUAUUAAAUUAUCAGUUUAGCCAGUUAUCUGCAAAUGUAUAGUAUGUAUUGUCUCUUCUUGUGACAUUUAGUUUAAUUGCUUAUUUUAAAGCAGAAAUAUUAGCUACAAGUGUCUUGCAAUAUUUUUACCAACAAUAAAGCUAAGUAGAGACUUAAUGAAAAUACCUUAGUGUGAUUUUAAUAUUAUUUUGGGAUUUUGGUUGUAUAAAGUUUUAAUGUAAAAUGUCCAUUAUUGAAGGGGAAAAGAUCUUUCAAUAAAAAAUACCAACAAGAUCUUU